GUCAUGACUCUUGUUUCCCGGGCUCCGGCCCGCCUCGCGGACUAUUUAAAGAUUCUCCUCUCCGUGCCUCAGUCCUCGAGCCCUGCAGCGAGUCAACACAGCCGAUUGACUGUAAGAGCGCGAGAAAAGGGAAACUCCUGUCUGUCUGAACGAAAACAAACGGGUUGUAGUGUGCACGCUGUUAAAAUAAACUAGCAACAAUGUCCGAGGAAAUUAUUACCAGAAUGUGCCUUUUUCUACUCAUCGUCUGCUCGACAAUGGCCCAGGACUGUACCGAUCCCUGUGACUGUCCCUCGGACCCCCCUCCAUGCCCGUUUGGUACCAGCCUUGUUCUGGAUGGCUGUGGUUGCUGUAAGGUGUGUGCCAGGCAAGCCGGCGAGCCCUGUACCCUCCUGGAGCCAUGUGACCACCACAGGGGGCUUUACUGUGAUUAUGCCAUGCUGAGUGACACUGAGCACGGCAUCUGCAUGGCCCAGGAAGGCCAGACGUGCGGCCUGGGAGGAGUCAUCUACCGCAGUGGAGAGACCUUUCAGCCCAGCUGCAAGCACCAGUGCGUCUGUAUGAACGGAGAGAUCGGCUGCGUGCCAACCUGUGCCAGCGACGUGUGGCUGCCCUCCCCAGACUGCCCGUACCCACGCCGCAUCCAGAUCCCUGGGAAGUGCUGUGAGGAGUGGGUGUGUGAUCAGAGCCCUCAGGACCACCCCUAUCAGUCAGCCAUGGCUGGAUCUGAAAUUCACCCCUUGGUCUCUUCUUCCCCUCUGUCAGUCUACAGAGAGGUGUCAGCCCACGGGCCGGUCCCGGUGGAGAGCCCCAGGGAGAACUGCAUCGUCCAGACCACCAAAUGGGACGAGUGCUCGGCCACCUGCGGCAUGGGCGUGUCGUCCCGCGUCACCAACGACAACGAGCGGUGCCAGCUGGAGAGGCAGACCCGUAUCUGUAUGAUCCGGCCCUGCCACGUGGAGCAAGAGAAGGACAUCAAGAGGGGGAAGAAGUGUGUACGGACCCCCAAGUCCUCGCGAGGUGUGCGUUUCCAGCUGUCAGGCUGCAGCACCAGGAGGGUCUACAAGCCCAAGUUCUGUGGCGUGUGUACGGACGGGCGCUGCUGCACCCCCCACAGCACCGUCACCGCAGAGGUGGAGUUCCACUGUCCCGAGGGAGACGCCUUCAGACGCAAGAUGAUGUUCGUCAAGACAUGCUCCUGUCACCACGACUGUCCCCGAGACAAUGACAUCUUCCUGGCUUCGCACACACGCAGGAUGAUCGGGGACUAUGACAACGAUAUGUAAACAUCAUGGCUGCCAAACAAACUGACAAGCACAUAAACACAUCAGCCCAUAUACACACACAUACACACACACACACACACACACACACACACACACACACACACACACACACACACACACACACACACACACACACACACACACACACACACACACACACACACACACACACACACACAUAGGCAGCUUCUUGAAUUCCUGGACCCCUGUCUCUACCUUACUACCCAUAGACAUGUCUACCUAGUGGUGAGACUGAAAACAAGUGUGUGAGUUCAAGCAUGAGAUUGACUCUUUAGGUUUUCUUUUGUUACUUUAGUUUUGUUUUGAGUUUUUAACGCGCAGCUCUAAAGUGACCUUUGACUCGUCUGCCUGUGUAUCUACAGAGAUACUAUAGGGUGGAUCUGACACACUGAGGAAUCAAUGUUAGACACAUGUAGCGCAUCACUUAGGAAGGUAUAUAGUUAUAUUCACUGCUAAAGGGUUAUAGGAGCAUGACACGGUAGUGUACAGAUGAGCAGAAGGUACUUACUCUACCAAAUGUCACAUUUUGACAUAAAAUGUUAGAAUAUGACAUUUAAAAAUAAAAAAAACAUUAAUAUGUUAAAGAUUAGCAAUACAGAAAUAGUUUGAAUAUAUUAUACUACUAGUAUGUACCUCGACUGAUCUGCAUAUUAUUGAGUGAAUAUAUAUAUAUAGAUAUAAUUAUAUACACCUGACACAAAACUAUUGGAAAUGUUUAUGAUUGAGUCUUUUAACUUCGACGGGGACGUUACCUAUAUCUCUCAAUAUUUAGUCACUUCAUUAGUUGUUGACCACUGAUAUAUUUUUAGUUUAGUCCAACGUAAGAGUUUGGGUCCCUAAAAAAUUGCUUUGUCUGACCGUGAAUUCACGUUCACAGCAUGGUCAAAAAGAGACAUUAAAAUGACUAAAAUACAAAGGAAAAAAAAACUCCAGUCCAAAAACACUAAAAACCAAAAAGUGGCUUGGCUGAAGAAUGUAAAUAAUAUUGUUUACUGUUAAUUUAAAAAAGGAAAGAAAGAACAAAAGAAACAAAUAAAUUCUGCAUUGACGAAUACACUUUGUGUAAAUACUGUAAGACUGUGUACAGUUUCGUACUAUAAUUUAUGUACCUGGUUGUUGUUGUUUAAUUAAUAACACCAGGUUGUAAGUUGUUGUUGUAUUUGUAUCAUACUUGUUUUUCACUGUAACCACCUGGCCAAGAUACAAGCGAGUUCCUAUUGUUGCACUUUUGUCUAUUUCUAAUUAAAUAAAUUAUAUAUUUUUUAUACUUGAA